GAGGAUCGAAAGAGAGGGGGUGACCAGGUGGCGGGGAAAGAAAGAAGAAGAAGAAGAGAAAAAAGGGCGAGCUAUUGUCGAACCGAGGAAUAAAAACAAGGUGUUCAACAACGGAGGUAGGAAACGUAAAGGACGGGACGAUAAUAGAGAGGAAGAGAAGACACGAGUAUAUACCAUUGGUCACGAAGAUGACUAAGAGCAAACCGUUGACCGCGCCUGAACGAAGAACGAACGACGUGUUUGACGAGGAAUCGAUCGCGGUUCGAUCGAGAUGGAGAAAUUUCGCCGCCUUCUGGAUACUCGGCCUGUGUAACAACUACGGAUACGUGGUGAUGCUUAGCGCGGCGCACGAUAUCCUCGAGAGCAAGUUUGGAACGACGGAUCCUGGAGUGGAUUUCACGAAUGGCACAAUCACGACGACAAACCACACAGGGAUCAGAUCCUGCAACACAUUGUCCACCGGCGCCAUAUUGCUGGCGGACAUAUUGCCCUCGUUGGCGGUGAAAAUAAUCACGCCGUUCCUGCCUUUUCACGUACAUGCUCGACUGGCUACCUGUGUGUUAUUUUCCGCUGCAGGAUUCCUCGUGGUGUCGUUGAGCACUACUGAAUGGCUCGCCAUUCUGGGCGUCGUUAUAACGUCACUCUCUUCCGGUUUGGGAGAAGUUACUCUGCUGAGUUACAGCCACAAGUAUCCGAAACAAGUAAUCGCGACAUGGUCUUCCGGUACUGGAGGCGCCGGAAUAAUUGGCGCGCUAUCUUAUGCCUCCCUCACCACGUGGUUAAGCAACGAAGAUACAUUGUUACUUAUGUUAAUCGUACCGAUCAUACAAGGAAUCACUUUCUGGUUGGUUCUGGUCCAUCCGCCGCAGUCCAGUAUCCCGAUCACUAAGAACGGUAUCGACAGCCAAGAGCAAAUCAUUGAGAUCCCUAGGAAGAGCUUUAAAGAAAAGAUCAAUCUGGUACCGGGAUUGCUGAAGUAUAUGAUUCCUCUCGGGCUCGUGUACCUCUUCGAAUAUUUCAUUAACCAAGGAUUGUACGAGCUGAUCGAAUUCGACGGUAUUUGGUUAACUCACGCCGAGCAAUAUCGCUGGCUCCAGGUUGAUUAUCAGAUUGGAGUGUUUAUCUCGAGAUCGUCCGUCAAUCUCGUCACGAUCAACAAAAUCUGGAUCAUGGCUGUCCUACAGUUUAUCAACGUCAUUAUUUUGCUGUUCGAGACACUCUUCUAUUACUUGCCCAGUAUUUGGAUCGUGUUCACGUUCGUUUUGUGGGAAGGCCUUCUCGGUGGUGGAGCAUACGUGAAUACAUUUUAUCGAAUGUCCACCGAGAUCCCAAGGGCAGAUCGUAAAAUUUCCUUGGGCAUAGCCACGAUGGCCGAUUCCAUUGGAAUCGCGAUGGCUGGUUGGUUAUCUAUGCCGGUUCACAAUGCCAUUUGCGGCCUGCCACAACCAAAACGAGUGGGAAGCUAGAAGACAGAAGUACGAGAGAAAAGUAUUUUUUUUUUUUUUUUUACAACAACGAUUAUGCGAAUGAGCACGACCGUCAUGCCGUGAUAAACAAGUAUGUUAUUUAUUGUCGAAUCAUCUUCGAUCACGUCCACACGGCCUCGAAUAACGUCGAUAAUCGAGUGUAUAUAACGUCGUUCGUAAACUGCAACGGUUUACAACCACUAUGUACUGUCAGUUACAAUGUAGAUAUAGCGAAAUAUCGAGACGAUCAUGUUCGAUCAUGUACCUCUCCGUUUGUAUUUAACUUUGAAACCGUAAAGUAUUCGAGCAUCGUUCGAAAUAUUAAUCGUAACAGUUUGUCGUUAUAUAUAUAUAUAUAUAUAUAUUUUUUUUUU